GGAGCCGGGAGCCCAGGACUGCGUAGUAGCUCCCAUUUACCCAGGGUGUGAAGGUAUGGACCACGAGCAGAAGUCAGGAGCCGGGCUCCUGCAGAUGCUGCAGCUUCUGUGGCUGCUGCCCCACUCCUGGGCGUUGCCCGCAGCCCCUCCUCCGGUGUUGUGGGAUGGCCUGCAAAACCACACGUUCCGGCACACCGUGUUCUGCCAGGAUGGGAACCCCAGCAUGGGGCUCUCCGAGUCCUAUGACGAGGACCAGCUCUUCUCCUACGACUUCUCCCAGAACACCCGAGUGCCCCGGCUGCCCAACUUUGCGGCCUGGGCUCAGGACAAGGGAGAUGCCUCUGCCAUUUCAUUUGAUAAAGACUUUUGCCAGACCUUGGUCCAGCAAGUGGGCCCCCAGCUUGAAGGAGUGAUCCCAGUGUCCAGAGGUUUGCCUGUGCCUGAGGUGUACACACUGAAGCCGCUGGAGUUCGGCAAGCCCAACACACUGGUCUGCUUCAUCAGCAACCUCUUUCCGCCGACCUUGACUGUGACCUGGCAACACCACUUGGUCCCCGUGGAGGGGGCCAGCCCCACGUACAUCUCAGCCAUCGACGGGCUCACCUUCCAGGCUUUCUCUUAUUUAAACUUUACACCGGAGCCCUUUGACCUUUACUCCUGUGUCGUGACACACGAGAUUGAUAGCUACACACCAAUUGCCCACUGGGUACCCCAGAACCCCCUGCCUUCAGAGCUCCUAGAGAAUGUGCUGUGUGGUGUGGCCUUCGGCCUGGGUGUGCUGGGCAUCAUCAUGGGCAUUGCCUUCUUCAUCUGGUCCUGGAAGCCCUGCUCAGUGGACUGAUUCUUCCUGACCAGAGCUUGGAACAGCACAGGCCUUGCCGGCAGGGAUGCCCAGGGUUCUCGUGCCUAAGCAGGGUCUCUCAUGGGAGCAGAAGUCCCUGGGAUUCUUCAGUGCCAGUGUGCAGGUGUCUCGGCUGAGGGUUCUGUUGACCCUGGACUUGCAUCCAGAAGCGACGGAGCCCGGAGCCCAGGGCACCACCCACCACCAUCUCAUACCUUCCCACUUUGAAGAAAUAAACCUUAUUUCUUAUCGUUA